UGUGUGUGUGUGUGUGUGUGUGUGUGUGUGAGAGAGAGAAAGAGAGAGAAAGAGAGAGAGAGAGACGCAGCAGCACUACUAGUUCCCACCUGCAGGUCUUACACGUUGCUGUCCAGGGGUCUGGAGGAGGGGGGAGAGACUCGUCCAUACUCCCCUCCAACAUUAUCGAUACUCUCCUCUCUCUCGUGCCUCUCUGUUGCUCCUCCCUGCGCUGAUUAAAUGCCGGCUCCGCGCGUCUGCCUGUCGCAGUUGGAGGCAGCCGUGUCAGAGGAGCCGUAGGGUCGGACUUGUACCUUCCUGACAGCGACCAAACAUCUAGAGUUUAUUUGUAUGCCUCUCUUUCCAUCCAAGAAGGCUCAGCGAUGAAGACCAUUCUUGCUGCAUACUCUGGCGUCCUCAAAGGCACCGGCUGCAGCAUCCUCUCUGCACUGCAGGACCUGUCCCUGGCUUUCUGGCCCUGCAGAUCCAAGAUGGAAAAACAUCUGCAGGUCAUCUCGGUGCUGCAGUGGGUCAUCAGCUUCAUGGCCUUGGGUGCUGCCUGCACUGUGCUACUGAUCUACAUGUUCUGCACUGACUGCUGGUUUAUUUCAGCCAUUUACACCGCCUGGCUCAUCGUUGACUGGAACACCCCGAAACAAGGUGGCAGGAGGUCCUCGUGGGUGAGAAACUGGACAGUGUGGACAUAUUUCCGAGACUACUUCCCAGUCAGGCUCAUUAAAACCCACAACCUGCUGCCCAGCCGAAACUACAUCUUUGGAUACCACCCGCAUGGCAUCUUCUGUUUCGGUGCUUUCUGCAACUUUGGGACCGAGGCUACUGGCUUCACCAAGAAAUUCCCAGGCAUCCAGCCCUCCUUGGCAACCCUGGCGGGAAACUUCCGCCUGCCCGUCCUUCGAGACUACCUGAUGUCUGGAGGUAUCUGUCCUGUGAACAAGAACUCCAUCGACUACCUGCUGUCGCGCAACGGAACAGGAAAUGCUGUGGUCAUCGUUGUCGGAGGAGCGUCGGAGUCUCUGCAGUGCGCCCCGGGCAUGAACAUCGUCACCCUGAAGAACCGUAAAGGCUUUGUGAGGCUGGCCCUGCAGAAGGGGUCUGACCUGGUUCCAGUGUAUUCCUUUGGAGAGAACAAUGCCUACAAGCAGGUGAUCUUCGAGGAGGGGACCUACUGGCGCUACCUUCAAAGGAGGCUGCAGAAGAUCUUAGGCUUUGCCCCGUGCCUUUUCCAUGGAUGUGGCCUAUUCUUCGGCAACUCCUGGGGCCUUGUACCUUAUGGCAAUCCCAUCACCACCAUCGUUGGAGAGCCAAUCACAGUGCCAAAGAUUGAGGAUCCAAGUGAUGAGAUGGUGAACCUAUACCACGCAAUGUACAUCAGGUCCCUGCAGUGUCUUUUUGACAAGUACAAGACCCGCUUCGGCCUGAAGGAGAGUGACGCCCUCUACAUCCAGUGAAAGGACCAGGGGGCCCUGUUGAAGCUCUGAACUUUUAAUAGCAUCUUCAGACCCCUCCGCACCCUUCCUCACCCCGGCACACGUCCUAUCUUGAUGCCUGAUUUUGGAUUAUCUCUGGACUGCAAACCUUUGCUCUCUGCAGCAUUACACACAAACACACUUAUUGACAUAGCUCUUCUCAGGAAAAACAGUCACCUCUCCCUGCUGCUGCAUUCCCAAAUCAAUAAUUGUGCCAUGUGGUUUCCAUGCCUCAUUGAAGGCAUCGGGUUUGGGCUGUGUUUAUCUGUGCAGAGGGGGGAAGGUUCCACGAGGUGGAGCUGAAAGGUAACAUGCAAAACUUAAGAGAAGUGCCAACGCUUUUGUCUUUCACUCAUGCAGCCAUGUAAUUCCCCUCAAGCUCUUUAAAUCCAAUUAUAUGUGUAAUGCACAAACAAUGCAAAUGGAAGAUGCCACUUUAUUAUUGGGAUGAUAAGCCCAAAGUUCAAUUGAGCCAAAGACCUAGGUUAUCCCCACACAGGUUUGUAUUUCUACUGUAUAAAAGCCAAAAGUGAAGGAAUUCUACAGGAAACAUACAUAUAUAUAUAUAUAUAUAUAUAUUCAAUGAAAUAUAUAUAUAUAUAUAUAUAUAUAUAUAUAUAUAUAUAUAUACAUGAAUGCAUACGCAUGUACAUGUGUGCAUGUGAUUGUAUAACGCCAUAAAGUAUUAAUUGUAUUCUGUAGAGAGGAACAAGCCUAGUUUAGAACCCUCCCUGAGUGGAUUUUUUGAUGCACUUUUCGUAUUGCUGAUUACCUUCUGAGGUUUUUGUGCCUUUUUGAUGUCAGAGAUGUUCCAAGACGGUCCUAGUGCUGCUUGGCUUGAUUUCCCUUCCUGGUCCUAUUGGUGUUCAGGUCUGGAUGGGUGUAUUUUGUUUAAGCAACAAAAAAAUACACUAAUGUCUUGUAACUUCAGUAAAAUUAAUGUAUUAAGCUGUAGUUGAAGAAGAUCUUGAGAUCUUUGUGGGUGAAAAUCCUGAAUGUUCGCGAUUCCGGUAUACACGGGAUGUGUUUGUAACUGUGCCAUGGGUGAUAAUUGAAAAAGGAAGGGAUUAUACUGGUUGUACUACUGGUACUAUGUUAUAUUUUGAGAGUGCCACAAGUACUUUUAUGAAAUAAGAGUAUGUAUGGAACACAUCCAGGGGAUUAUCGGAGUGAGUAAGCGUGUGUGAUGAUGACGGCCAUGAAGUUAAUUAUCAGAUUGUCAUUUGAAGAGCCAUUUCUUCUGGUUUCACCACGGUGCCUUCUUAAAGACAGUAUUGUAAUCCUUGUUGAAGACAUUUGCAAGAAAUAGAGAGAAAUGUAUCAAUAUAAUGAAUGCCAUUGUCCGUCUGCCAAUAUUUAAAUUAAACUUUUGUAUGUUUUCAGAAGGA